GGAAUUUUCUUUUCUCCUUUGUGUUACGAUUGGGUAAUGUUGAGAGCAUUUUCAAGAAGUGUUUUUUUUCUUGCCUCCAACAAAACAACCUUCAAAAACUUCACCUUUCUUCCUCCUAUCAUGGCCGCCGCACAGUUCACCACCAACAGCCCAGCUUCUUCUCCGUCCCAUUCUCAUAAUAGCUUCUCCGUCAAGAGGGUGGGUACCCACCACGGAAGCUUCCACUGCGACGAAGCUCUGGGCUGCUUCAUGAUUCGCCUCACUAACAAAUUCGCCAACGCCGAUAUCGUCCGUACUCGUGACCCACAGGUUUUGGACACUCUUGAUGCUGUACUUGAUGUUGGAGGGGUUUAUGACCCAAGUCGCGAUCGUUAUGAUCAUCACCAAAAAGGUUUUGAGGAGGUUUUUGGCCAUGGUUUCAACACUAAACUCAGCAGUGCUGGACUCGUGUACAAGCAUUUCGGGAAGGAGAUAAUUGCAAGAGAGCUCAACGUUGAUGAAGAGCAUCCUGAUGUACAAAGAUUGUUUUUAGCUGUUUAUAAGAGCUUCAUGGAGGCAAUUGAUGCGAUCGACAACGGAAUUAAUCAAUACGAUACGGAUCUGCCCGCAAGAUAUGUGAAUAAUACACACUUGUCUUCACGGGUAGGAAGGUUAAAUUUGGAUUGGACUGACCCGGAACAAUCGCCUGAGAAGGAGAAUGAAGCUUUUGGUCGUGCAAUGGCUCUGGCUGGUAGUGAAUUCAUGGAUAGUGUGCGGUUUCAUACAAGAUCAUGGUUACCUGCACGGUCAAUUGUUAUGGAUUGUCUCGCUGAAAGAAAAGCUAUUGAUCCAAGUGGAGAAAUAAUGGUUUUGAAAAGAUUUUGCCCUUGGAAGCUUCAUUUGUUUGAGCUUGAGGAAGAGAUGAAGAUCGACCCCCCAAUAAAAUAUGUCCUCUAUGAGGAUGACAGGAGCAAAGGUUGGCGAGUCCAAGCUGUAGCAGUAUCACCUGAUAAGUUUGAGAGCCGGAAAGCCCUGCCAGCUCAGUGGCGAGGCCUCAGAGAUGACGAGCUCUCUAACUUGUCUGGGAUUCCGGGUGGUGUGUUUGUACAUAUGAGUGGGUUUAUUGGUGGAAACAAAACGUACGAUGGCGCUCUAGCAAUGGCCAAGGCUGCUUUGAAGCUCUAGGGCACCCAAAAACACAUUAGUUUAGCAACAGUACCGCUCCAUGCAGCCGGUUCCUUCCAUUUUCGUCAGGCAGUAAUCGGCUUUUGUUGUAGGAUUUAUCCGCUUCACAUAUUUUACUUCCAGUUGAACUAAAUCCUAGUAUAAAGAGAGGAAGCACAUCCAUUAAUAUUGAUUGACCUCAAUGUUUGACAUAUUUACUACAGUGAGGGUUCAUAUGGAACGUUUUUGUUAUUUGAGUAUCGGUUCUGAAAGCCAUUCAAGGCUAUCUCGAAUGUCCUUAUUUGAUGCUUUGAUUGUUUCUUCGUAUUUCACUAA